AUGGGCUCAGACAUGAGUAAUCCUGUAACAGUGACAGUGUUGGAGAGUCUAAAGGCUGUUGUGAUCCUGCAGCCUGAUAAACAAACAUUCAGAGGAGAGACUGUCACCCUCAGAUGUCAAAUACAGGGAGAGAGAGACACUGACUGGGAAUACAGCUGGUAUAAGAAGAGCUCUUCACUCAGUCCUGUCAGUAAAGAUCAGGAAUACAGAAUCAGUCCUGUUUCUGAGUCCCACAGUGGUGAAUACACCUGUAGAGGAAAACACAGAAAUGACUUGGAGAACUCAGAGAUCAGUGAUGCUGUAACACUGACUGUGUCAUCAGCUUUGUCUCCUCCAGCCUCUCUGAUCAUCAGUCCCAACACAACUCAGUACUUUACAUCUGAUUCUCUCUCACUGAGCUGUGAGGUACAGAGUGACUCUACUGGAUGGACAGUGAGACGAUACACAGAUAAUGGAGAGGUGUCAGACUGUUCAUCAGACUGGGGAUCAGUAACAGGAUCUACAUGUAGCAUCAGCUCCCUCCAGUCAUCAGACAGUGGAGUGUACUGGUGUCAGUCUGACUCUGGAGGGAACAGUAAUCCUCUCAACAUUACAGUGACUGACAGUGAUGUGAUCCUGGAGAGUCCUGUUCAUCCUCUUACUGAGGGAGACACUUGGACUCUGAAAUGUAGAUAUCGAUAUGACUCCUCAGACCUCAGAGCUGAUUUCUAUAAAGAUGGAUUAGUCCUCCCGAAUCAGAUUACAGGAGAGAUGACCAUCCCUACUGUCUCAAAGUCAGAUGAGGGUCUGUAUUGGUGUAAACACCCAGAGAGAGGAGAGUCACCAAAGAGCUGGAUCACUGUC